AGCCCGGAUGUUUAAUGACUGAUUACGAGGUCCCCAGCUGGGCCGGCAAGCCGCCCAAGGGUCUCCAUCUCGAUGUUCUAAAAAUUAACCAACUUGUAGAGAAGUUGAUCAUUGAAGACAAGCCAGCGUAUUUUUUCGGUCGUAAUAAAGAGUCAUGUGACUUCCAGAUUGACCACGCCUCCUGCUCGAGAGUUCAUGCUGUUCUCUUGUAUCACAAACAUUUGCAUCGAUCUUUUAUUGUUGAUCUUGGAAGUACUCACGGAACAUUUUUGAAUGACGUUUGUCUGGAGCCCAUGAAACCAACUCCCGUCGAAAUUGAUUCUUCGUUCUCAUUCGGGGCGUCCAGUCGUUCGUAUUCUCUAAGAGAAAGACCCCAAACAGUCAACGAAACUGCCACUGAAGACGAGCAGUCAGCAGAAGGAACUCUAUUAGGCUUGCCAGAUAAUGAAGAAAAACUCGAUGAUUUAACCGAGUUCAACACUGCUCAUAAUAAACGUAUUAGCAUGAUUGGGAUCACCGAGGAGACGAUAAAGAAUGCGGCAACUAGAAAGAGGAAACGUCAUCCGGCUGUCAUGUUUCGUGAUGCCGAAGAUAUCAUCAAUCCAGAGGAUGUUGAUCCUGAUGUUGGCCGAUUUCGUAACAUGGUGCAAAGCACUGUCAUUGCUCCUCGAAAGCGACCGCAUGUGAGUUCCACAUUCAGCUUUAUGAGCAUGUCUCAUGAUGGUAUGGGCACUGCCACAUCACCGACCGCUAGGACGCCCUGCUCACCGACUUCACUCUUCUCUAGUGUGACUGUGAAUGCUGCACCUGAUAUAUCAAUGACUCCAGUGAUAGCUCCGCCUCCUCCUUUGUCAAUACACACGCCUUCGUUUACGGAAGAACUUGCUGAUGUGAAGCCUAGAAAGAUAUAUGCAAAAGAGGCGUGGCCGGGCAAAAAGCCUGGUGCUGGGAGAUUGAUAUAAACUGCAGCGGUACUUUCGUAUUUUAUGAUUACUUUGUGUAAAGAAUAAAGCGACUCAGAGUAUACAGAGAUGUACUGUUAAGGUCUUAUUUGGUUAGGUAACAGGCUCAAGAGAGUAUGCUCUUGGAUUGACAUCAGAAAUGGUUGCACUUGUUGGUAGAGUUGGCGUUGACUUGUUUUUGCUUGCUUCUUUGUUGUGUUGUGUACAUUUUGUUGUAGUAGAGUAGCAUUUUAGUUGACUGACGUUUGAAAGGUUUGUAUUUGACAGACAAACAAGUAGACAGAGCCAAGCCACAU